UAGAAACUAUGUUUUGCAAAUGUUUUAUAUGGGUUAUUUUAUUGUCAGUUUUGUACUCACUGGAAGCCAAAGUUGUGGGGAAGUCUGAAGGCAAAAUACGAGCCGGACGAGUCAAGAAUCAAGAGCUGAACAAUGGGCUGGCUUUCUCCGAGGAAAUAUCUGUAAAUGUGGAAAUGGAAGGGAAACCUACCAACACCGUCACCCUUCGGAAGGCAAAUAUUGACACCAGGCGUGUCAAGGACGUGAACACAAGGGCGUCGGCUGUGUAUUUCUCAGAGGACAAGUCCAUGAUCUACCGAGAAGAUUGUAGUGAAGAUGGAGCUUGUCGAAACUAUGCCCUCAUUCGCAAUGAAAACGAGGCUGAAUUUAUCAGCGCGAAUGGAAAGGUGCUAGAGAUUCAUUCCAACGAAGGUGCACUAAGAAUGGUAGAGGAACCUAAUCCCAACACAAAAAGUAGUUCUGCGCCAAGUUUUCGUAAAUUAAAAGGAAAGACGCAAUCGCCAAGACCCAAAUCGGAAACAAUGUUAAAAGAAGGGUCCCACACUUUGAAAUCAAAACGGGCACUUAGUGACGGAUUAGCGAAUGCUGAUGUUAUAAAGUUGCUACUUUUCGUGGAUCAAGCAGUUAUUGACAAAUUUCUACCUUUCGAAGGAAACGACUACUUUGCUGCUACAGAAUCCAUACGGGACUAUAUGACCUUAGUGGUCAAUCAGAUGACCGCUGCCUACCAAUCUUUGAAAGAUUACGAUAACGUUUAUUACCGCCAAGGAGUGGCCUAUCCGCAAGACUUUGCUGUGCAGAUAGCUGACGUUGUGUUCCCACCCCAGGUUAGUGUAGAGGUCAAACAGCAACAGCGCGGCUUUGAUCAAUACAAUUCUGUUAGCAUCAACUCACGAUCAGAAACAAGAUGUUACUACUCUUAA